AUGGUGUCCCGUUCUCAACAGGUUCGUUUUAGGUUUCUCCCCAGCCCUCGCUGUUUCUUCGACGAGCCACUACACGUGCAGGUAGAUGGACUAUCUCCGUACCAGAAAGUGGAGUUAAGGUCCAACCUCCGGGACGAUAAAGGGGUCAUCUUCAGAGCUUCCUCCGUGUAUAAGGCAGAUGCUACAGGACAAGUGGACCUUUGCCGCUCUCCUUCUCUUUGCGGCAGUUACACGGGAGUUGAACCCAUGGGCUUGUUUUGGGCCAUGGCGCCCGAGACUCCACACAGCAAAAUGUUAAAAAAUAAUGUGUUGGGUUCAAUUAUGGUGAAUAUAGAUGUUCUGCAUGGGGAUACAGGUGAGCUCUUGGCCACAGCGACCAACGAGAGGCGGUUCAUGACAGAGGGGGCGAGGAGGAUACCGUUGGGCUUGAAAGAAGGAAGAAUUCGGGGAGUCCUCUUUCUACCACCCGGUCAGGGUCCAUUUCCUGGGGUACUAGAUGUGCAUAUUCUGGGUGGAGGUCUAUCAGAGGUCCGGGCCAGUCUGCUGGCUAACAAAGGAUUCGUGGUUCUGGCGCUGGCCUACUACGGCUACCAGGACAUGCCCAGAAACGUUCCUGCACACUUUGACCUGGAGUACUUUGAAGAGGCCAUUACAUUCCUGAGGAGACAGCCACAGGUCCAGGGUCCAGGAAUAGGAAUCCUGUCCAUCUCGAAGAGUGGCGACCUGGCUCUGUCCAUGGCUUCUUUUCUCUCUGGCAUCUCAGCCACAGUCUGGAUCAACGGCAGCAACGCUAAUAUCAUGACGCCGCUGCACUACAAAGACCUCGUCAUCCCUCCCCUCAUGCCUAUCCUAGAGAACAUCACCCUCUUACCGUCUGGCCACGUCGACGUCCGAGACACCAUUCCGGACCCAGAUACUGAGGGGAACCGCGGUUCUUUGAUCCCAAUAGAACGUUCCAGUUCUAGGUUCCUCUUCGCCGUCUCGGAGGACGACAGGAACUGGAACAGUUGUCUCUUUGCCCAGCAGGCCGCCGCCCGGCUGAGGCAUCAUGGGAAAGAGAACUUUGAGGUGGUGACGUACCCCAGGGCGGGUCAUUUCCUGGAGGUGCCCUACAUGCCCCACUGCCCGUCUAGCUUCCACUCUGCGGCGGGUAAAGUGGUGGUGUUUGGGGGGGAAGUUAAAGCCCACCAUGAGGCUCAGCUGGACCUGUGGAGGAGGGUCCAGGAGUUCUUCAGGACACACCUGAAGGACACCAGUAACACUGGCCAGAAAUCUAUGUUAUAA